AAGAUGGCCUUCUACCCAUGCAGUUUCCUGCUAGCUGUGAUGAUAGCUUCCACUUCAGGAUCUGUGUUCUGGAAGGAGAGAUGUGGAAAUAAUGGAGGGAGGAAGAACAGUGCUCCCACUAAGCGCUGGGCCCUCUUCUGCCUUUCUGGGCUCCUACCUCCCCUGCCUUUCCAGGCUUGCCAGUGGGCCUGACCAGCUGUGUGCUGUUUUCCGCAGCACCCCAACUUGGGAUCGGAUGUCACCUCAGCACGUUUCCAGCUCGACGCAGAGACAGGAUCUCCUUAUCGGAGCAGACCAGUGACGUGACGAGUGAGGGCAAAGGCGAGGCCAUCGGAAUGCCUAAAUGGAAACUCCUGUCUCUUCAUUUCACACCCAGCCCCCCACAGGCCAUCCUUGCAAGUUGUGGGACUCUAUUUUGAGACACACUGAUGCUGAAAAAACUUUGGGAGUUGUGGUGGCUAAUCAGCUGAAUCACUAACUGGAGACGCUACCUGGCGCUGCUUGCAGGGAAGGAGAGCUUUCUCCUGGCAUCAUGAUCCGGAGACUCUUGGAUCGGCCCUGUACCUUGGCCCUGCUCAUCGGCUUCCAGUUUGCCUUCAUGGUGUACUUCUCCUUUGGCGGCUUCCGGAACCUGACCUCUAUAUUUGGCCGUGACACGAACCCUGUCUUCGACUACUCCCGCACCCACGAUGUGUACACCAACCUGAGCCGCCUCCUGCCCCGGCUGCAUCCAGGAGGUGGCCCCACAGGGUCCCUGCCCUAUUGUCCUGAGCGCUCGCCCUACCUCAUUGGCCCCCUGACUGUCAGCUUCAGUCAGACGCCGACGCUGAAGCAGAUUUUAGAGAAGAACCCGGCCGUGAAGGAAGGGGGCAGAUGCCAGCCCUUGACCUGCGAGGCCCGCUCCCGUACGGCUGUGAUCAUCCCCCACCGCAACCGGGAGACACACCUCCGCCACCUCCUCUACUACCUGCACCCCUUCCUGCAGCGCCAGCAGCUGCAGUAUGGCAUCUAUGUCAUCCACCAGGCUGGGAACGCCACCUUCAACCGGGCCAAGCUGCUGAACGUGGGGGUGAAGGAGGCUCUGAAGGAUGAGGAGUGGGACUGCCUCUUCCUGCACGACGUUGACCUCAUCCCUGAGAACGACCACAACCUGUACACCUGCGACCCCUGGAGCCCCAAGCACGUCUCCAUCGCCAUGAACAAGUUUGGCUACAGCCUCCCGUAUGCCCAGUACUUCGGCGGUGUGUCGGCGCUCACCCCAAAUCAGUAUUUGAAAAUUAACGGCUUCCCCAACGAGUACUGGGGCUGGGGCGGGGAGGACGAUGACAUUGCCACCAGGGUGCGUCUGGCUGGCAUGAAGAUCGCGCGCCCUCCCGUCUCGGUCGGCCACUACAAGAUGGUGAAGCACAAAGGCGACCAGGGCAACGAGGAGAAUCCCCAUCGGUUUGACCUACUGAUCCGGACACAGAGGACGUGGACGCAGGACGGCAUGAACUCGCUCACCUACACGCUGCUGGCCAAGGAGCUGCAUCCCCUCUACACCAACAUCACUGCUGACAUCGGGACCGACCCUCGGGCACUGAAGAGCAGGAAGGGGCCUGUGCCUGGCUUCGGGGGGCAGAAGUACAAGAGUGGGAUCAACCACGAGUUCAGGCAGGAGAUGCUGCGCAAAACGCACUCUGCCAAGCUGCCCUGGGCCAGGGCAAACUGGUGGGAGCAGCCUCAGAGAUCUGGACAGGAUGCUGUCCUGGGAGCACCCCCAGCACCCGAGACACAGAGCAAGGGGCCUGGAGCCACUGCAGACCGGCUGGGGGGGAGGAAAGGGGCUGCACGGGACAGUGCCCAAGGGGGACCAGUGGACAGCUCUGGGCCUCAGCAUGGAGCCCCUGGGCAGGGUGGAGCUGCUCAGGGCACCCAGCCAAGUGCCAGUGUCCCUCCGCGGAGCCCUGAUGCAUCGCAGCAAGGCCACAAGCCCUCUGGCAAGGGGAAGCCUGAGUCUGGGGAAAUGGAUGUGAUUGGGGCUGCCCCACAGGUCCUGGCACGAGGGCAGCUCCCCAAGGCCCCCCAGACACAGUGGGACAAUCAGACCUUGCUGCAGAGUACCCGCUAAGCCGAGUGGGUCGUGGACAUCAGGAAUGAGGUGGGGCAGCCCUAGCCAUGCUCUGAGCUGGGUCCUUCCCAGCUCCUGGAACAAACCCCCUGGUCAUGUUGAACUGGAAGCUCCCUAGUGCCAGGAGCGGACACGUCUGCAGGGUGGGCCCUGUGUAAGCUGAGUCUGGUAGGCCGAGGCCUGUCCUCAGUGGGACAAGGCUCCACAACCAGUGCCCCAUCCGUUGGCACCUUGGUCUGCAGCCUCAGCACAGGCUGUGGCAUGGAGUCCUUCUGGCUGGGCUGAGACACAGAGACAGUUGGCCACUUGCUGGCUGGCCUGGCCCGGCCCGGCCCAGGGAACCAUCCUGGUGGGCAGGAGAGCUGGGCAGAGCCUGGUAGCAUGGGAGGCAGGGGCUAGUUUCCAGCACAGGGUGAGCUGGGCUGUGCUGGCAUGUGCUGCAUCGUUGUGGUGGGGCCCUAACCCCCGGGUGGGGUUACAGCGGGUUCCACUGAGCUCCCUUGCUGGCAGGCUCUUGCAGGAGAGCAGCAGGGGCCUGGCAUUGCCCUGGGCACUAGCUGGCUCAUGCGCUGGGGGCCCCCCCCAGGCUCUAGAAUUCUGUUGCUGAUGGGGUGUAUGGUCCAAUUGCUGGUCAGUAGCUGGAGCAGGCUUGGCCUGAGUGUGCCCAAGGAUGCCCACAAGCAGUGUUCUCAGGGGCACUGAGCCUCAACCUCUCCCACCCUGCUGGGCUCCUGAUGAGCUGAGCCAAAGACCAGUGCUGAAGUGGGGCAAGUCCAUGCCUCCCCCACUCCUCCAACCUGAGCCACGGAGGGGAGGGGGUAAGGAAGCCCAGUUCCUGCUGUGCCCUGGAGCUGGGGCCCAGGGCUUCCUAGGCUGAGCCAGAGAAAGCCCCUCACCUGCUCAGUCUGCCUGACUGGGGCACUCAAGCUGCAGCAGGCACUGCCCCAGGGUAAGCAGUGCGCUCCUCUCGGGGCAAUGCAUGCUGCUGCUGGCAGGCCCUUCGCUCCUGGACUGGCUGCUGCGCCCUUGCCAGGCUGCUGAGUGGAAGGGGGUUUUUUCAGAAUGGGGAGGGGGCUGGUCUCUGACCUUUUCCCUGGAGCUGUUUACCUUUCAGUGCUGGAUUUACAUGCCACACUGGCCUCCAGCUGUAUUAAUCCUCAGGGGGAGGAAGGGAGAUUGGCUCCCUCCCUUUCCAGGGGUGAGUUAUCCCUCCUCCCUCCCCUCCUUUCCAUAUUCCUGACUCUCCUGGCCUUGUCCAUGGCUGCUCUAGCCACGGGCUGUGCCUGAGCCAAUUUCAUUCCCCCAGUCCCUGCUGUGGCCUGUGGGGGCCAGGGCAUUCAGCACCAGCAGAUUCCAUUGGAAUUAGCUGUGGCCUUGGCAGCCGGAGUCUGCUGGGACUGUAACAACCAGGGCAGAAUCCCAACUGGUGCUCCUGCUCUGCAGGGCAGGGGUUUGUAGCAACGCUGCCAGGGGGCAGCUGGAGCCUUAGCCUCCCCUCCCUGCCCCCUGUCAU